GGUCGUGUGAGGUCCACAGGAGUUGGUGCGUGGUGAGCUGUUGUUGCUGCAUGUGCUCUCAUCUCUCACUAGUGCUGUGUCGUGUGAACAUUUUAGCGGACACUGCUGUUAUUUUCUUGCGCGAUGGUCCCUUGGACCUCCGCCUUCAACCUCCUGCUUGGGAUCGGGGUGACCUCAUGUCUCCUGAUGCCCCGACUCACGGUUGCCCACUCCUUGAAACAGACCUCCGAUGACCAAGACCUGGUAUUCGAAGACGAUGAAGGCAUCUUCGGCCACAACAAUCACAUCGAUGACGUGCCCAUCAUCAAGCCCAUCGUCAUCGGGGAGAACGACGAAGGCUUACUACUCCCCAGCUUUGUCUCUAGAAGUCGGACCAAACGUCAAGCCUUCCCUCGGGCUCCUGUCGACGACUCAGACGGCGUCGACGGGUCCGGGAUGGGGUCCGGAGACGGGUCCGGUCGGUUCAGGAUAGAGCUGGAGGUAGACGGACAGUUCCAAGCAGACUACAACGACCCUACGAGCGCAGGCUUCACGAGUCUGGCAGCACGCGUGCAGUAUCCUAUUGAUGUGAAGCUCCGAACCCUGCCUGGCACGGCAGAUGCUCAUCUCACCAGAAUACAGUCCGCUGGUCCAGGCCGCUUGAAGCUGUUGGUCGACGUCAGUGUCAUCGAGUCUGACGCCGAAGAAUCACAAAUCCGAGCAAUAUUCGAUGACUUCGACGCCAGCGGCCGUAUGGGUGACCUCACCAACGUUAAGCUCCUCAAGUUCAGUCAGGAGGAAGAUCCUCACGCUGGCACUUGCGAGGCUGGCGAUGUCUUGUGUCCUGAUGGCGUGUGUGCGACGCCCUGCGACGGAGUACCAGAGUGCGAGAACGCCGAGGACGAACGGGACUGCGAAGAUGUGUUCGGCGCAACGGCGCGCCCCACGCUGGAUCUACCUGGCGGCGAAGUCGAAACUAACUACAUACCGGCGACCACCACCAGCUCCUCGACCACCACUACCACUACUACUACCACCACCACCACUCCGCUGCCGGGAUGCUCUAGCGACGAGUUUAAGUGCAGCAGCGACGGGGUGUGUAUACAAGACUACUACAAGUGUGAUGGCAAGCCAGAGUGUCUCGACAGCUCCGACGAGGCUCCCAGCGUUUGUGGCGGUUGUCUACCUGGUCAACACACGUGCACGGCUGACGACACGUGUCUGCCGUCGUGGAACACGUGUGAUGGAACACCUCAGUGUUCAGACGGCUCCGACGAGAAGCUCAGAGAGUGUGAGUUUUAA